GCGGCGGCGGGCGGCGCGGCGCGGGGCCAUGGCGGCGGCGGUGGCGGCCGGGCCGGGCAUCGGCGGCGGCGGCAGCCCGCGGUACAGCCUGCUGGCCGAGAUCGGCCGCGGCGCCUACGGCGUGGUGUACGAGGCGGUGUCGGGCCGCAGCGGCGCCCGGCUGGCGGUGAAGCGGAUCCGUUGCGACGCUCCCGAGAACGUGGAGCUGGCGCUGGCCGAGUUCUGGGCCCUGACGAGCCUCCGGCGGCAGCACCCCAACGUGGUGCGCUUCGAGGAGUGCGUCCUGCAGCGGCACGGCCUGGGGCAGCGCAUGAGCCACGGCAACAAGCGCAGCCAGCUCUACCUGCGCCUCGUCGAGACCUCCCUCAAAGGUGAGAGGAUCCUGGGCUAUGCAGAGGAGCCUUGCUACCUGUGGUUCGUCAUGGAGUUCUGUGAAGGGGGAGACCUCAACCAGUACGUGCUGUCCCGACGGCCCGACCCUGCCACCAACAAGAGCUUCAUGCUGCAGCUGACCAGUGCCAUUGCCUUCCUGCACAAGAACCACAUUGUCCACCGGGACCUGAAGCCAGACAACAUCCUGAUAACUGAGAAAUCUGGCACUCCUGUGCUCAAGGUGGCUGACUUUGGGCUGAGCAAGGUCUGUGCUGGCCUGACUGCUCGGGGCAAGGAGGGCGGGCACGAGAACAAAAAUGUGAAUGUGAACAAGUACUGGCUGUCCUCAGCCUGUGGCUCUGAUUUCUACAUGGCACCCGAGGUGUGGGAGGGACACUACACUGCCAAGGCUGACAUCUUCGCCCUCGGCAUCAUCAUCUGGGCCAUGAUUGAGAGGAUCACCUUCAUUGAUGCUGAGACCAAGAAGGAGCUGCUGGGGACUUACAUCAAGCAGGGGACUGAGAUUGUGCCCGUUGGGGAAGCGCUGCUAGAAAACCCAAAGAUGGAGCUGCACAUCCCUCAGAAACGCAGGACUUCCAUGUCUGAGGGGAUCAAGCAGCUCUUGAAAGACAUGUUGGCUGCUAACCCACAGGAUCGACCUGAUGCCUUUGAGCUUGAAACCAGAAUGGACCAGGUUACAUGUGCUGCUUAAAUUCAGGGCAGGGCACCGCUGUGCUUUGCAGCUGGAUUUAUUUACCAGGGACCCAUAAUCUCCAUUAUUUACGUGCAACAAGGAAGUCAAAGAUAAGGGAAGAUGAUAAUACAGAAGAUCCCUGGUCUGCAGGAUCUCUAGCAAUGUGAAA